UGUUUCCCGCAAUGGAGAGCUUAUAAGAGGAGUAGCUUCCCUUGGAAUUUGUUGCCUCAGAAAAAUCACAAUGUCAACAUUAAUAAAACUGUUUUCUCCUGUUAGAAUAAGGCAUCUGCCUUCUGCGUUUGCAUGUGUGACCAGACAUACACCAUGCUGUUACUUCAGUACAACAAAUAGAAAGGACUCAGCAAAAUUCUAUAAGAACGCCCAGGAAGCUGUAGCUGACAUUCCCAGUGACAGUAAACUACUGGUCGGAGGUUUUGGACUGUGUGGUAUUCCAGAAAAUCUUAUUGGUGCAUUGCUUGAGUCAAACCAGACUGGUUUAACAGUGGUCAGUAAUAAUGCAGGAGUGGACAACUUUGGACUGGGACUCCUUCUGAAACAGAGACAGAUCAAACGUAUGAUUUCAUCCUAUGUCGGAGAGAAUGCUGAGUUUGAACGACAGUAUCUCAGCGGGGAACUGGAAGUUGAACUUACACCACAGGGCACCUUGGCAGAGAGGAUCAGGGCAGGUGGGGCUGGUAUCCCAGCUUUCUUCACACCAACAGGAUAUGGAACCUUAAUUCAUGAGGGAGGGGCUCCAAUCAAAUACAACCCUGAAGGUGGCAUUGACAUUGUCAGUGAACCAAGAGAGGCUCGUGUUUUCAAUGGCAGAAACUAUAUUAUGGAGGAGGCAAUUACAGGAGACUAUGCCCUCGUCAAAGCUUGGAAAGCAGACAAGACUGGAAACCUUAUCUUCAGAAAAACAGCAAGAAAUUUCAAUGUUCCAAUGUGUAAAGCUGCGAAAGUUACAAUAGCAGAGGUAGAGGAGAUUGUGGAGAACGGAGAGAUAGAUCCUAAUGAUGUACAAGUGCCUCAUAUAUAUGUUAAGAGAGUUAUUAAAGGCCCAAAAUACGAAAAAAGAAUAGAGAGAUUAAAGUUGACAAAAGCUGAGAAGGAGGAACCACAUGAGUUGACCCCUGGAGAAAGGACAAGAUUACAAAUUAUUAGGAGAGCAGCUUUAGAGUUUGAAGAUGGCAUGUAUGCUAACCUGGGUAUAGGAAUGCCGAUGUUGGCCAGUAACCACCUCCCACCUGGGAUGAUUGUCCAUCUGCAGAGUGAAAAUGGUAUCUUAGGUCUGGGUCCAUUUCCAACAGAAGAUCAGGUUGACCCUGAUUUGAUCAAUGCUGGAAAGGAAACAGUUACAAACUUGUCUGGCAGCUCAUUCUUCUCAAGUGACGAAUCUUUUGCCAUGAUCAGAGGGUGUCAUGUUGAUAUUACAAUUCUUGGUGCUAUGCAAGUGUCACAGUACGGAGAUCUUGCAAACUAUAUGAUACCAAAAAAGAUGGUGAAGGGUAUGGGAGGAGCUAUGGAUCUGGUGUCCAGUGGAAACAAGGUUAUAGUGACAAUGGAACAUACAGCGAAAAAUGAUGAACACAAGAUCUUGAGUAACUGUUCACUACCUUUGACAGGACAGAAAUGUGUCAGCAUGAUCAUCACAGAAAAGUGCGUAUUUGAUGUAGACCAUGAAAAUGGAUUGAUCCUGAAAGAGAUUGCGGAAGGCGUCACUGUAGAAGAUAUUAUACACAACACUGGAUGUGAUUUCCAGGUUGCUGAUGAAAUAAAGCCAAUGGGCCAGAUAGAAUACUGAGUUGGUACAGAGUUGGGCCAGUUAGCAUACUGAAUGUUGGACCUGUAUGAAGAUGUACAAUCAGAAAAAUUAGUGUGAUAUUAUUUGUGUGUGUGAACAUGACACAGGUCCAAGGAAAAUGGACUUAUGGAUUCCUUGUUGGUUGUUCAACAGGGUUCAAACCUAAAUCCUAAAUAAUGUUACACAGUAUCUGUAAACUUUGAACUAUAUCAUGUGGAAUGAACAAACAAGCUUGAAAAGUGCUGUGUGUACAGGGCAUAGGUAUAUGUACAUAAUAUAUCUUCACAAGUUGAAGAAACUUGUAUUUAAAGGAGGAAUUUAUAUAUCUUUGAAGUUACUUUCAUGUUGAUACAUGUAUAUAAACAUGCUAUGGUGCAUAGGGGCAUUAUUCCUGAUCAGAUCUGUAUUUUUUGUUGAAAUGCAAUCUGUUAAUCUUGCAAGUCCCAAAAGUUCAGUUUGGGUUAUUUUAACAUCAGCCUGUAUUUACUGAUAUGCAAGUGAAAUUUUCAGAGAAAUGCAAAUUUUUAAAAACAUUUUGUAUUAUAAUUGAAUAUUCAGCACUAGCAGUUUGAGAGAUGACUGGUGCUGUAUUUGAACAGGUAAAAUUUAGAAGUAAAAAGUUCAGUAAUCUAGAACAGAAAUUACAUAUUUAUUUUUGUUUAACUGUGUAAUGAUCUAUUUACAUGAAAUUUAGGGUAUGCUCAAGUUUAGAAAUAGUAAAAUUUUUGAGCAGUUGUGAUAUUUUGAAGUUAUAUGUUGAAAACUAGAUGCAAAACUCAUUUGUUUAUGACAAUACUAUCUUACAAUUUUGCAAAAUUGUGCAUUUCUAGUCUGUAAUAAAUCAAAGAUUUGCCAGUUAAGGCAGAAUAUUGUUUAUUUUAUGCUUUUCAGUGAAAUACUGAAAUUAUCAGUGAAAUAAAAUUGAUAUUUUCACUGCUUAUUUUUCACUGAUAUGGAACUACACUUUAAUGCAAAUGAAUAUGAAUCACAUGUAUACAUAAUCGUAAAUUCCUUGUAAAAUAUACUUCAGUAAAGAUAUAGAUGUAUAUAAAUACUUACAGGAUGAUAAAGAUAUACGUUCCAUCGUAAUAAAAUCUAAAACAAAUCGGGAAAUGUCAUAGAACUAUUUGACAGUUUUUCUACAUAGAUAUCAUGAUGUCAUGAAAUUAUGACAUGAUGUGAUGCACGUGACGCUGUGCGGGUAAAGUGGUUAUAAUUUGUUUAAACCCAUUGAAAUACAUAGAAUUAAAAGACUGCUUCAGUAUAAGAUUGAAAUAUGUUUCUCUCCUGAACACCAUAAUAAACAAUUCACUCGUGAAAAUAUUUAAUUAUAGUGUUCACUCUGUGAAAUACAUUUCAAUCUUACACCGGAACAAACAAAUAUCCUCUAUAAAGCUGAAUUAAAAUUGUACUGCUGUAUUCUAGUAUAAUUAUGACAAUAAGUUAUAGCCAAGUUAGGUAUUUUGAAGACAAUCCAGAUAUGUAAAAGAUGCAUGUCAAGGCUAUAGAUUAUUCAAGACAUUUUGUUAGCUUGACUACUCAAAGAAUAGGUAGAGCUAUUGGAUUCACCCAUGCGCGGCGUCCGUGUCUGCAUCCCGAUUUAAUUAAGUUUUUAUAUGUAAGCUGGUAUCUCAGUAACCACUUGUGGGAAUGAAUUGAAACUUCACACCCUAAUUCACGUUGAUUAACUGACUUACAUUGCACAGGUUCCAUAACUUGUAUUUGCUUUUUUACAAAAUUAUGCCCCUUUUCAAUUUAGAAAAUUUUGGUUAAGGUUUUAUAUGUAAGCUUUCACACACUUGUUCACUGUGAUGAUCUGAUACGCAGUGCACAAGUUCCAUACCUCUGCUUUGCAUUUUUACAAAAUUAUGCGCCUUUUUCGACUUUAAUAUUAAUUCAAUUGACAAGACUGUUGAAUAGUCGAGUCUUGCUGUCCUCCGACAGCUCUUGUUUUAGAUCAGCUGUACUCUUUUUUUUUUUUUUUUGGUCCACCAUAAAAGCUUCAAUUAUAAUAACAUGUAGUAUAUCCGUACACUCCAGUUAUGCCAGUGGACUCUUAAUGAUAAUCUGUCUUUUCAGUGCAAAUCACAUGGUUUUCUUGCGAGCGUAGAAGGGCCAAAGCUGCCAGUAACAAAGAUUAUUAUUAUUAUUAACUGUGCGAGUGCACCACAACUUUACAUCUUCAUAAUUCUUCAUAAAAGGGUGACUUUUGUUGUGUAAUAACUAAAUUGUGAUACUUACAUAAAUAAAUUGUGAAAAUAUUCA